UAGGGGAAGAAAACAAGAAUUGUUGGUGAGAAAAAGAAAAAUACCGCCAGUAGGGAUCAGACACAGAAGGGGAAAAAAAAAAACCCUCACCUUCUAUUAAGAGCUCGAGGAUAGCUGAGGACUGGAGUUCAUGGUGGUUUAGAUUGUUACUGCUGUUACCAAUGCUCCUUCUCACUUUGAUAAAGAACAAGCAGGAUUUGUGUUGCCCGGUCCGCUACAGGUAGUCUUCCAGCCCCGCAGCUGCUUCUCUGAAUGUUUUUAUACAGAGGGAGAGGUCAUCAGGUGGCUGACCCUUUUUAAUCCUGGUCAUUUCUCGAUUUGCUACGGUCUUUAUAGCUCUUUAUGGAGCAGCAGGACAUAAAAUCUUCACAGUCAGUCCAAACAGGAGCUGAGCUCUGGGGACUGCAGUGGCGUGGUGUAAGGAAAUGGGAUUGGCAACAGCAUUAUUCUGUGGUAAGGAUCUGGGCAACCACGGUGGUCCAGGACUGUCCUGGUGUCCCAUGGCCUGACAGAGAUCAUCUUGGCAAGUCCCCGGAAGGUGGUCUGUCUGCCUGUUCCCCAAGCCCAGGUGGCCCUUCGCUCUGCACUAGCAAGCGAAGUACGAUGUGCAGAAUGGCAAAACCUCCUGCCUCAAGUCGUCUCAGUGCUGAGAAUUAGAAGCGACAAAUGCAAAGCCGAUUCUCCGAAAGGGCUCCAGGUGGGAUGCCCUAAAUGUGAGGGAAACACAGAACAAGGAAGUUGGUGUCUCGGCAAGAGGGUAGGCAGUAUAAUGGAGGAAAUGAUGAGUGAGAUAUUGAAGACUCAGCAUCUGCUUUUGUAAAGGCAAAUCCUGUCUUGUAAAAAUGAGUUUUUUGAGGGACUUAGCAAGCUUGUGGAUAAAGGAGGCCUGGCUGAUACAGUUUCCUUGGAUUUCCAAAAUAAAUUAUUUGACAAGAUUUUCUCACCAAAGUCUUUAAAUAAAGCUAAAGUCGUGGCAUAAGAAAGAAGAUGAUGUUUUUGUUGGGUAAAUAAUUAGUAGAAAAUAGGAAAGGGAAUGUGGGAAUAAACACCCAGUUUUUACAGCAAAGGGAAGUCAUCAUUGAUGAGAUCACAGUGGCCUAACCUGAAAUAUACGCUGUUCAGUAUAUUCCCAGGUGACCUGGAAACAGAGCUUGUGUGGUGAGGUGAGAAAAUUGGCUGAUGGUAGAAAGUUAUUGAGGAUAACAGGUUGGGAGCUGACUGUGAAUAACUGCAGAAGGACGUUAUGAUAACGAAUGAGUGGGCAAUAGAACCGCAGGUGAAAUAGAACUACAGGCGUAUGGAAAACCGUGUUCAUGGAGAAGAAUAAUUCAAAAUUUACAUACAAAACAAUGGACCGUGAACUAACUGUAACCUCUCUGAAGUAAGCCUGUGAUCAUAUGUAAGUCCACGCAAUUGUUAGCUUAAUGCUUGGUUAUGGCGAACAGGUAGCAGAAAUCAUCACUGUGUCUCUCUCUCUCUACAUAUAUGUAUAUGUUCAUGUCUCACCAGCAUCUUGAGCACUGCAGUUCUGUGCCACCCUUCGUCUUUAUCUCCAAAACAAUACAAUAGAGUUGGAAACAUCUUGGAGGCGGACAGCAAAGAUGAUCGGAGGUGUAGAAAAGCUCUGUACGAAGAACACCUACAUAGGGUUGGAGUCUUCAGCCUGGCAAAGAGCUGAGGAAGGAUAUGGGCGUUACGGGUCCAGCUUGGAGGGGGCGAAUAGGAAUCAGUCGUUGAUUUUUCUAUCUUUACAACAACCAGAUAUUAAUAAAAAUGGGCAGGGAGCAGGGUAUAAGCAAGCCAGAGGAGGGAGUGUGUUUCUGUAGCUGCGCAGUGAUGCUAAAUUUGUUAUGGCUUUGACAGUUGACUACAAGUAGCUGCUAACAGAGACUUAGGGAGUACAGGGGGAAAAGAAACUCUAUACAGGGCCUCUUCCUCUACCCUUCCUUCGACAACCGUUUUGACCCAUGGAUCACCUCGUCCAAGCCCCUGCUCGCAGCAGAGCUAAGCCCAAAGCUAGGUCAGGUUGCUCUCGGCCUUGUUCAGGCGAGUCCAGAAUGUCUCCAAGACUGGAGAGUCCUCAGCCGCCCUGGGGACCUGCGGCAAUGGCUGAACCGCCCUUGGUGGGGAGCGACUGUGCAAUUUUUCCUGAUCCCUCAUCAGAAUUUCCCUCCCUGCAAGUUAUGUCUGUUGCCCCUCCUCCGCUUGCUGUGUCCCACAAAGAAGAAUGUGGCUCUACGACCCCCAGUCCCCCUCUAGGUAGUCUCAGACGGCUGUCAGAUCCCUCCUUCAGCAUCUUUCCUCCAAGCAGAACAAACCCAGCUUCCUCCGGCUCCGCUGUGCUGCAGGCUCCUCACCGCCUUAGUGGCCUUAUGCUGGAUUCUGUCCAGCUUCUCGGCAUCUCUUUUCCAGUAGUCCAGAUGUGGGUGUCUUUUAAUUAGCUAUUUCACUUAUCUUCACCUCUAAAUUUCUUCCUGUGAUAACUGUGGCUUGGCUCCACAAAGGGAUUUACAAGAUGAGGUUCUACCAUCUGUGUUGCACUGAAAGCCAAACAGCAGCGUAAGAGUAGUCUCUUUGCUGAAAUCUCUUGACCUGUUAAUUAUAUUAAGAAAGUAUUUUAGCGGCUCAAUUACAGUCUGCUGUUGCGUGCUGCAGCCAUUUGGGAGAGCAACCUCAAAGAUACGCAACCGAUUGCUUCUCUACCGCGGUAUUUCCCUCCCUUACCAGCAGGAGCUCCUCACUGGUAGUUUUUAAUUAGGUGGCCCAGAUCAAAAGACGCCGGUGGGCAGCUGCGUGCAUCCAGUCCUUUCCGGAGCUGAAAGCAACCACAAGUAUAAAUUCAUCCUGUAAAUUAUGUGAUUUGGGAUUUGUAUCCACACAAAUACUGACAUGUGGGUUACGCCGCACCCCGUGGCUUGUCCUGCUGGAGGAUAGGGGAUUCCACGAGUUCAGUGCUAACUCACCCUUUCUGUUCUGAUCCCGACUCUUUGCUACCUUGUUUUUUCCCCUGUUCCCUGGUGUCUCACUAAUGUUCUCUUCCUUGGACAGAUUUGCUGCUUCAGCCAGUUCAUAAGGCGUAGGGGUGCCCAGGUUUUAUUUUUGGCUGCCGUGGCUUCAUAUCCACCCUACAUAAUCUCAUAUUCUUUUGAUAUCAGGAGUUCUCUUUUGGGACUUCUGCCCAGAAGUUCCCGACAUUUCUCCCCUAGCACUAAACGGUAUUUCUUUCCCGUGCCAGUGCUAGACUGGCUCUGAUUUAGGUGCAGCAAUUUAGGUGCAACUUCUACAACUUUUUGUAGAAGUUGUUCCCUUGAGCCACAAGUCUCUGUGCCUUUAAAGUCUCAUUAUGAUUUUUUUUUUUUUUUAAAUAUCAUUUUGAAGUCAGUACAGCUGGAUCCCUGCAGCUCACCACAUCCCAGCACAUCAUGUGUGUGAAACCAGAAGUAUUUCAAACGAAGCUGCUGUUAGGUGCCUGGGCUGCCUUUCUAGCAAUGAAGUUUAGCUUCCCACUUGUCUCUCCUCUACUUCCCUUUGUUGUUAGUUUCUGUCUUGGCCACGAGUUUUGUCUCGAUCGUUGCUACCAACCUGUUCAGCUUUUUGCAGGAUUUCCCAGUCUGGUGGUGUGCAGGGAAGUCUGCAGCUGCUGGUACUUGAAAUGAGCAAGUGUCUCACCGUUCCUGCUGCCCGCACCACCACGCAGCGGGGGCUGAGAUGGCCACAGGGAAGAGCCUGGCUCCUUUGCCAGCGGGAUUGCCCUCUUCGGCCACUGCUUAGCUUCACGAGCCCUGCAGACCUUGAAACCAGUCCUAUGGGAAAGGGCAGGCAGGGGCCGUGUCUGGAAAUGGCUAGGUAACUGGAAAUGGUUAGUUUUCUUUCUUUUUAUCUGGCUGUCCAGGUUGACAGCUUUGGCCUCAUUGGUCUGCUGGGAUCUUGAAGGUCCCAGGCUAAGCUCUCUUGGUGCUGCGUGGGCCCGCGGAAAGUAGCCUUUCGAACUACCUCCCUCUGCUCGAGGCUGUCGCGUCCCCCAGCAGGCUCUUUUCAGGAAGGCAGUGGCUGUGCUUGGAGUGCUAGAGUGCCUGCACCUCCAAGUCUGCCCCUCUGGGUCUGCACGGAUUCCCCCUGCGGCUCUACAGAGCCCACGUUGGGAUAUUUACCUGCCCGUAGGGCUCAUCAGCUGGAGUAUGGAGGCUUCGGUCGGGUAGCUGAGGGCAGCCCAGCAGAGCCGAGCCGCGUGGCUGGGCGGUCGUAACCUGUCCUAGGGUGCUUCGUUGCUCAAUGUUUGCCAGCCCGCGCUGCCCGCUUCAGCCUUGACGCUGUGUGGGUGACACCAGGCAGCCGCGGUCCCCUCGGCACCACGGCGAGGCCUUGGGAGUGGGGAGAACUUGUGGCUCUCGCUGGCCUUUUGGGGAAGAAGGGGAAUGGGAGGAUGUGCAGAACUGAGUUUUGUGAGCAUGGCCGGGAGCUGAGAUGCACUCGUGGAGUCAACCCUGGUGGGGACAGGAAAAAAAAAAAAAAAAAAGAAAAAAAAAAAGACAGGGACCCAAAACCAACAGGGGGGAUGGGGAGGAAAGAGACAAAAGGAGAAGCAGAAGUGUGUGCAAAGCAGCUCAGGGCUGGGGAGCGGAUGGCUCAGAGAGCUUCCUGUUCCUGGCGCCGCGCGUGCCCAGCUGCGCAGGGGCUUGCGCCUGCCUGUGCCCACAGCGCUGCGCCGGGGACCAGAGAUCAAGACGUGCAUCCAGAGAGUGGUGGAUGGAGAGGGUCUGAAUGGACUGACAGUAGACGCCUGGAGAGAUACAUGGCCAGCUCCCAAGAGGCGCAGGAACAGCUUGGCAUUGGGUGCUCCAGCACGGACCUCCGACUUCCCUUUUCUCGCCAGCGCGAACUGAUUUUUCCUCUGUGUUUUUUGAGUUGCUCUGGUGGUAGCCACUUGGCCUGCUCUUCUUUCGCCCUCCACGAUGGUGAGGUGGUUUCACCGUGACCUGAGUGGGCUGGAAGCUGAAGCCUUACUGAAGGGACGGGGUGUCCAUGGCAGCUUUCUGGCCAGACCCAGUCGGAAGAAUCAGGGGGAUUUUUCUCUUUCAGUUCGGGUUGGUGACCAGGUAACCCACAUCCGUAUCCAGAAUACUGGGGAUUUCUAUGACCUGUAUGGAGGGGAGAAGUUUGCCACCUUGUCAGAACUGGUGGAGUACUACACGCAGCAACAGGGCUCACUGCAGGACAAAGAUGGAACCAUCAUCGACUUGCGAUACCCGCUCAACUGUUCCGACCCCACUACAGAGAGGUGGUACCAUGGGCAUCUGUCAGGCUCUGCAGCUGAGUCACUUCUCCAGGCCAAAGCCACCCCUUGGACUUUCUUGGUGCGGGAGAGCCUCAGCAAACCUGGGGAUUUUGUCUUGUCUGUCCUCACUGACCAGCCUAAGCCUGGGUCUGAUGCCCCACCAGCUGGGGCGACCAGUGCCUCUGGGGCCCGGCUCAAAGUCACGCACAUCAAGAUCAUGUGUGAGAAUGGACGCUACACAGUUGGGGGUGCUGAAACGUUUGACAGCUUGGCAGAUCUGGUGGAGCACUUCAAGAAGACUGGAAUUGAGGAGAUGUCUGGCUCCUUUGUGUACCUGAAGCAGCCCUACUAUGCUACGAGGGUGAAUGCUGCUGACAUUGAGAAUAGAGUGCAGGAACUGAACAAGAAGAGUCUAUCUGAGGAGACAUCCAAGGCUGGAUUCUGGGAGGAAUUUGAUAGUCUGCAAAAACAGGAAGCCAAGCACCUGUUUGACCGUCAUGAGGGCCAGAGACCUGAAAACAAGAGCAAGAACCGAUACAAGAACAUCUUGCCCUUUGAUCACUCCAGAGUCAUCCUCCAAGGAAGGGACCCAAAUAUCCCUGGAUCUGACUAUAUCAAUGCCAACUACGUCAAGAACAACCUGAUCAGCCCGGAUGAGUGCACCAAGACCUACAUCGCUAGCCAGGGUUGCCUGGAUGCCACAGUCAAUGACUUCUGGCAAAUGGUGUGGCAGGAGAACACGCGCAUUAUUGUGAUGACCACACGGGAGGUAGAAAAAGGGCGGAACAAAUGUGUGCCUUACUGGCCAGAGGUGGGCAGCACGAAGGAAUACGGUCCCUACCUUGUGGAGAACGCUGGGGAGCACGAUGCAUUGGAGUACAAACUGCGGCACCUCUGCGUGUGUCCGAUGGAUAACGGUAAGGCUGUGCGUGACAUCUGGCACUACCAGUACCUGAGCUGGCCUGACCACGGUGUACCCAGCGAGCCAGGAGGGGUGCUCAGCUUCCUCGACCAAAUAAACCAGAAGCAGGAGAGCAUCCCACACGCAGGACCUAUUCUGGUGCACUGCAGCGCUGGGAUUGGCCGCACUGGGACUAUCAUCGUCAUUGAUAUGAUAGUGGAAACAAUCUCCACCAAGGGGCUGGACUGUGACAUUGACAUCCAGAAGACCAUCCAGAUGGUGAGGGCCCAACGCUCAGGGAUGGUGCAGACGGAGGCCCAGUACAAGUUCAUCUACAUGGCCAUCUGCCAGUUCAUAGAGACGACCAAGAAAAAGCUGGAAGUUAUCCAGUCUCAGAAAGGCAAGCCGAACGAGUCUGAAUAUGGGAACAUCGCCUACCCCCCUGCAGCGAGGAACGUGCAUGGCAAGGUUUCACGAAAAUCCUCCAAGCAGAAAGAGGAGUCAACGGUUUAUGAGAACUUGGGGAAAAAGGAGGAGAAGGUGCGGAAACAGCACUCCUCAGAGAAGAAGCUGAAAGGCUCACUAAAGAAAAAAUAAGCAUAAAAAUAAGCAAGUAGCCCCAUGGCGGGUUUUGAACCUGGGGUGCAGGGCUGGAGCUCACAUCCAGGCUGUCCUGGCUUCGCAUUCCUCGCGCUUGGGCCGGAACUAGGCCUGCCCUUUCUCUUCCGCGCUGCCUUUCGGUGCCCUGAGCCAGACUGCUUUCCAGCUCAGCUGACCGACUUCACCGCCCCUUGCCCUUGCCGGCCAGUGGAGUCUCCUGCUGCCCCUUCAUCAUUCAUUAACGGGGCGGGGGGGGAAAUAAAAUCACAGCCCUUCUUUCCUUUGCUCUCUGCACCCUGGGGCCCAAACACACCUCUGCUGUGUCGGCUCCAGCUGACUUCUUGAGGAAGAGCUAAGGAUGCUCUUUACGGGAGCUACAUCUCUGCCCGCUGCUGAGAGUUCGAGUUUACCCUGGUAGUGUUCCCUGAAGCCUCACCUUUUAAACUCUGGAGUUUUUGCCCCGUUUCAGCUCAGCUCCUCUGCAAUUCAACAGGAAAAUUCCUCUUGCCUUAAUACCAACCCUCUGCCCGAUCCUCCCUUUUCUACUUGAUCUUUUGACUGGAUGCUGUAAAUAUACCAGAAUUCAAUGUGAUGGCCGUGUUUUCUCCUUUGUUUGUAA